GAUUGGCUUGCAGGAGCCCAUGUGAUCAUUGUGGGCGUUCCAGCGUUGGAAGUCGGGAUACUCUCCUUUCUCCAGCAUGUACUGCUGUCCCUUGAAAUCUGGAUGGUCGAAACACACCCAGGCCCCGCUCUCCACACGAAUGGAGUUCACUCUGUUCAUAAAGCCACGGUCCUGGAAGUUCUCAGAGUCUCCAAACACCACCAGCCUUCUGCCCAUGAAAAACUUGCCCUCGAAGAAGACUAUCUGAGAGACGGAAAGAUGAAGGUCCUUGUGUUUGCUGUUGUUCUCGGGGUGCUUGUGUCAGGCAACAGCGCCCUGGACUGCUAUCAUUGUGUCCCGGCUAAAGCAGGCGGAGCCUGUGAAGUCACCCAGGUCACCUGCCCACCGGGGAAAGACGCAUGUUCAGCUGCCAAGUUCCUCAGAAAACCAUAUGGACAUUUCCAGAAGUGCAUGCCCAUUGCAGACUGUGAGAUGGUGAAGCUGAAUGCCUACAUCAACAUUAAGUGCUGCCAGAAAGACUUCUGCAACAUAUUUGACUAA